AGAACAUCAAGCAGCACACAGCUGCUCCCGCUUCGCUCGUUUGUUUCUGCCCGUCUCGCCUGCACGUUUUUUUAUCCCUUUCCCUCUCUCUGUCUUUCUCUCUCUCACCCACUCUCUCUCUCUCUUCCCUACCCUACCCUUCCUUCAUUGUCUCUCGUUCUCUCCCCCACCCUUUCAUCUGACAUCUGACCAUGGGCAGGUGGCCGAACCAAAUCAACGGUAUCGGCGCUUUUUGAACAUUCCAUCCAUCCAUCCCGUUUUCGGAUCCCAUCCAUCGCAGCGGGACAAACGGCUUUUUUUCUUUUCUUUUCUUAUUUUAUCAUUCUUGUUAUAUUUUUGGUUGCCACCUUUGCCCUUGACUUUUCCCAUAUCUCCGUUCUCGGCACUUGGUGUGUGUGUAUCUGUGUAUGUGUGUGUGUGUGUGUGUGUGUUUGUGGCCAGAGCCGGGUUUGAUACCAUAUCCGCCCUCUCGGCUCUCGCACCCGCGGUUUGCCUCACACGGGGAACAACAGCCAGUUGUGGUCACACAUCCCCAAAUCCCUCUCAUUUGACCCAUGGUGGGAUCGGCAACAAUUAAAACACCUUUCUCGUUCCCUACAAACAACCGAGACAAUUGCGCGCGUGUUGCGCCUUUCGAAUCCUACCCUAUGCGCCGUCACCUCUACCUAGUCGAGUAGCAGCUUUGUGAGCAGGAUAUCUUGUCGGGACAACUCUCAUGGGGGAAAGCGGCCGAGGUGGGAGGACGCAGUCAGCAGUGCUUAGGAAAGGCAAAGGGAGAAAAUAGGACAGUGACGAACAGUGGCGAUGAACUCGGUCGAGACUAUCAGAAACGGAAACGGCUUGUUGCCUGCUACGCACGACGUGCAAAAGAAGGAGGAGUCGCAUUGUCGAUCGCCGGUUGACAAGACUCCACCACCCUGCACGUUUGGCGAACCUAUCGAGGUUGACACGGACCCCGAGACGGAAUAUCGAGUGGUGGUUGUGGAAGCGGAUAGGAGGGUUGUGUUAAAGGUUGACGAAGACGGGGACGAGGACUUGGAAGGAAACGGCUACGAGGAGGAAGAAGAGCGCCCGGGUCACGCCCGGUCGGUGUACGCCAUGAGCACCUACCCUACCGUCCAACCGGCCCACCAGGUCGAAUAUCCAUUCGAGUAUGGGAUGGACGCCGCGACAAUAGACUCGUCCCGAACGCUUUACGCCGAAGAUGUCGAUUACAUAGAAGAAUAUGGACGAACGUACUGCGGCGACUACUACAUGCCGAUUGACGAAACCGAACAGACGCGGCAAUACGUGGUGCAUCAGGUGUUUCUGAAGCUAUUCGACCUUGAACUUACCACAGUGCCACUGGACAACCCACAGUACAUCCUGGACAUUGGGACGGGUAUUGGGGAGUGGGCGAUCGGCAUGGCGGAAAAGUACCCUCGCUGCGAAGUAUUUGGGACGGAUAUUGCGCCUAUCCAGCCGACGGACCAGGUGCCGCUCAACAUCGAAUUUCACAUUGAAAACGCCGAGGACGAAUGGAUAAGACCGAUGGAUGCAGUGGACUUGGUGCAUAUUCGGAAUUUGGACGGGUGUUUUACGGACUGGUCGUUUAUCUACAGUCAGGCGUUCAUGUGCAUCAAGCCCGGGGGGUGGAUCGAGGUGAUUGACUGGGACGAUUUGUUCUCGGAUGAUAACUAUUUGUCCUUCUUUCCCGAAGGGUCAGCGGCGCAUAUUCUCACCAAGGCAUCCAUCGAAGCGGCGGAACGGGCUGGACGACCUAGGGGGGUACAUAUGAAUAAGGACUUGUUGAUUCAAGCAGGGUUCGUCGACAUCAAGGAGCAGGUUUACGACCUCGGUAUUGGGUCGAGGGAAAACGCCAGCUAUGGAAAGUUUUGGCUGUUUUCCAUUGUGACGGGUAUCGAGGCUCAGUGUUUGAGAUUGCUGACCAAGUAUCUGGACAUGGAUGAGAAGUAUGUCAGGGGUCUGUGCGAUACCGUUUCGAAGGAGACGAAGGCGAUUGCGGAUGAUCCGGACAGGUUGGGUUCGUUUGUGGUCAAGUUGCGUGUCAUUGUGGGAAGGAAACCGCUGAUGCCUGGGCAGUGGACGGCGAAGGGGCUGGCGGAGAAUGGGGAACUGAAUGAUUAUUAUAGCGCGGAUGAGAGCACGAUUGGGGGUAGGUCGGUACGGAUGAUGCAAAGGUUAUCGGACGAACCAAUGGGGUGA